AUGGAACUUCCCCAGCUGGAACACAUGAGGCUCCGCAGGUGUAACAGCGCAGCCUCGGUGCCUCAGUUCUGUAACUCUCCCACGAUGAUCGUGAUGGUGGGACUUCCUGCCAGAGGGAAGACGUACAUUUCCAAGAAACUCACCCGCUACCUCAACUGGAUCGGAGUUCCUACAAAAAUGUUCAACGUCGGCCAGUACCGAAGAGAGGCUGUGAAGAUCUACAAGAACUUUGAGUUCUUCAAAUCGGACAACGAGGAGGCCAUGAGGAUCCGCAAGGCCUGUGCAACAUCUGCCCUGAAGGACGUCACCGUCUACUUCACCAAGGAACAGGGACAAGUGGCCGUGUUUGAUGCCACCAACACCACCAGGGAGCGGAGGACCAGCAUUCUGUGUUUUGCGAAGGAGAAAGGCUUCAAGGUUUUCUUUGUGGAAUCAAUCUGUGAUGACCCAGAGAUCAUUGCAGAGAAUAUCAAGCAAGUAAAGUUCGGGAGUCCAGAUUACGUGGAUCGUGACGUAGAUGAAGCCAAAGAAGACUUCAUCCAGCGCAUCGAGUGCUACAAAGCCAGCUACAUGUCGAUAGACGACGAGAAAGACAGGAAGCUCUCCUACAUCAAGAUCUUCGACGUGGGCAGCAGAUACCUGGUGAACCGGGUCCAGGACCACAUUCAGAGCAGGAUCGUCUACUACCUCAUGAACAUCCACGUCACGCCCAGGUCCAUCUUUCUGAGUCGCCACGGAGAGAGUGAGCUCAACCUGCUGGGGCGCAUCGGGGGGGACUCGGGCCUCUCGCCCAGAGGACACAAGUACGCCAAGUCCCUGGCAACCUUCAUCAGGAGUCAGAACAUCAAGGACCUGAAGGUGUGGACGAGCCACAUGAAGAGGACCAUCCAGACGGCCGAGGCUCUGGGCGUCCAGUACGAACAGUGGAAGGCUCUCAAUGAGAUCGACGCCGGCGUUUGUGAGGAGCUCACCUACGAGGAGAUCCAGGAGAAUUUCCCGGAGGAGUUUGCCCUGAGAGACCAGGACAAGUAUCGGUACCGUUACCCUAAGGGUGAAUCCUACGAGGACAUCGUCCAUCGUCUGGAGCCGGUCAUCAUGGAGCUGGAGCGGCAGGAGAACGUCCUGGUCGUCUGUCACCAGGCGAUCAUGCGCUGCCUGUUGGCUUACCUCCUAGACAAACCUGCAGAUGGGCUGCCUUACCUGAGAUGUCCCCUUCACACGGUGCUCAAACUCACACCCAUAGCCUACGGGUGCAAGGUUGAGUCUUUCUUCCUCAACAUCGAAGCCGUGAACACACACAGAGAGAGGCCAGUGAACGUGGACACCAGCAGAGACCCAGAGGAAGCUCUGCAGACGGUUCCCGAUCACAUAUAG